AUCGUACGCAACCGCGCGGAAGGUUGUGUUUUUGUGUGUCAAUUCUCAAAUUCCCUUUAACAGUUCAACGUCAAACACGUGCUGUUGUAGGGUUUAAUUAAUAAAGUCUUAAUUUAUAUAUUUUUCAUUACUUCUUUUAUAAUUAAAAAUGUUUACGCUCUGGUUUUUCAUAAGUAUAGCAGUAUCAUGUUACGGAGCUGGUGAUGUCGAUAAAUAUCUAAAAAUAUGCAGCCGAAGCUCACCGGACGUGAACGAUUGCUUAGUGGAUGCUGUCCAGGCGGGCAUUGCAGUAAUGGCUGACGGCAUCAAUGAAAUAGGAGUUCCUCCCUUAGACCCCUAUUUUCAAAAAGAACUAAAACUCGAGUACAAAAAUAAUCAAAUACAAGCCAAGAUGAUCAACAAGAACAUACGUGUGCUCGGCCUUAAAGACUCAACGGUCCGUGAUGCAAGAUUACGGGCAGAAGAAGAUAGUUUUCAUCUAGAAAUCGACAUGUACACCCCAGCUGUGACCGUGAGCGGCGACUAUAAAGGCAGCGGCAGCUUUAAUGAUUUGACUUUUGUUAACGCUCAAGGAAUGUAUGUUACCAAUAUGACUGACCUUGUGUACACGUGGAAACUUGACGGAAGACCUGAGACUAUUAACGAUGAAGUAUAUAUGAGAGUCACAGCAUUCGACAUGAGGCCUGAUGUUACUAACAUGCAUAUUCACUUAACCAAUGACGCACUGGAGAGCAAAGACUUGACUGAUCUAGGAGUGAGAUUAGUAAAUGAAAAUUGGAGAUUGAUUUAUAAAGAAUUGUUACCUUUAGCUCAAAAUAAUUGGAAUAAAAUAGGUCUAAAAGUGGCUAACAAGAUUUUCUUAAAAAUGCCGUAUAAUCGUUUGUUUCCUAACAACUAAUAUUAUAAUCUGUACAGAAUCAAAGAAAAUAAUGUGAUAAGCAUAUAAAUGUUAUAGUUUUUAUUUUUGA